AUGUAUUUUUACACAGUUCCCUUAUGUGGUACCGCACCAUGUUAUGAAUUCAAUAAUAUUCUGGGUAUGUGGGAAUUUAUUGCUCAUACAGGCACACCAAUUCUGUUAGAAGGUAUUGCAAGUAUUGCUCUUGUUUUACGUGUUCAAAUGCAAAAACGACGACUUCGUCAGUCUAACCAAUGGCGUCGACAACGGCGAAUGAUUAUUCAGUUACUUUUAGUUACAACCUUAAAUAUUGGUAUUAAUUUUUCAGGCAAUUUAAUACUUCUUGCACAUUUAUUGGGUUUGGCCCCGGAAUAUGGAGCAGAAGCUCAGCUUUAUUUCUCUUUUCUUGAUUACUUCGUUAUUUUUCUCUUUCCAUUCAUAUCUCUAAGUCAGUUUCCAGAUUUACGAAAGACAAUGAAGAAGAAAUUAUUGGAUCUAGUGCGAAGACAACCACAUCGUACAGCCACUGUUACAUAUACAAGAAGAGAUAUACCAAUGAAUAGAAUGACCUGA